AUGGCUGACGAUGGUGCUGACGAUGGUGCUGACGAUGGCGCUGACGAUGGCGCUGUCAAUGAACGCGGGAUCCACCACCACCACCACCACCACCACCACCGCCACCAGGCCGCGCUGCCUGGACGGACGGCCGCCAGCGCGCUGCCACACUUCCAUGACGACGGCGUGACGACGGCCGUGUUCCCUGCUCCCUGCCUGCCGUGCUCCCUGUGCGUGCUCCCUCCCUCGGGCCUGGGUUUCAAGUCGCCCUGCGUUGGCGUCGCCAUGCCCGCUGCACACCUCGGCCGCGCGCGGCGCGACGCAACGCAUUGA